CGGCUUUAGGGCGCUUUUAGUGUCACGCGGAUUUGCUCACGCACGCGGGAUUGGACCGCAUGCGUAGCAUCCGCAAAGAACAAUUUCAUAUAGGUAUCUAUUGUAAAGCGUGAUAAACGCACGCGGGACGCGGGGCGCUGUGCGGGGCGUCACCCCGGUGCGGGGUAUCCGCAUGCGUAAGCGCUGCCUACAACUUCAGUGCCCAUUUUAGAGUCGAGCGGGGCGCACGCGCCGUAUUGUACUACCGAAAUGAAAAUCGAUACAGAACGAGUAAUCAUUGAAGUUCAUCUGCGGCCCGUUUUGUGGGAUAAACGCAAUGAAUUAUACAAAAACAGGGACGCGAGGGACGCUGCAUGGAGAGAUAUUUUGAAGGAAUUGGCACCUAACUACGAAAAUUUGAGCGAAGAGGAAAGAAAAGAGGCGGACAAGAAAAUACAACAACGCUGGCGAACAGCAAGGGACACUUACCAGAAAGACAAGAUAUCUGAAAAAAAUCAGCCAUCCGGCUCUGGGAGUAAGAAGAAGAAGAAGAAAUAUUCUUACUAUGACAUUUUGACUUUCUUAGACAGUACAACGGAAACUGCUGGAGAAGAGUCACUCUGUGAAGAAAUGUCUGAACAAAGUAAUUUAGAAACACCUAAUGAGUCCACGCAACCAGAUACUUCACGUCAAGAAAGUUCUCACCCAACAUCAAAACAAAAACAAGUAAAAUCUAAAAAGCAAGCACCAUCUGAAUUUGAGGCACAGUUAUUAGAAUGCUUAAAGUCUAAUCAACUGGAGCUAGAAAGUGAGGAUUUGGCUUUCUUUCAGUCUCUGCAGCCUUCAUUAAAAAGAUUCACUAGAUAUCAAAAACUAAUGUUCAGAACAAAAGUGUUAAAUAUAGUUAUGGAAAUGGAAAGUCAAACACAACCUGCAUACUACAGUCCCAUACCUACAACAAGUUCUAGUGCUUUUACUGAGCUUGACAGUUUGUCACCGAUAAAUCAAGAUUACCAAACCAAUAGUAUAAUCCAGGAUACUUCGAGUCUUAACGACAAUGCUAUUAGUUCUGCUGCAGUGAAUGACAAUGAAACUCUUAUUUCGACUGAAAGCGGCCUGUUUAAUAUCACGUCUUAUGACGUAAUUUAUACCCCAGCAACAACAUCAUCUACAGGCGAAAGUAAUGUCAACGCUCAGGAUACAAAUUUACAAAGAAAUGAAUGAUGUAAAAUUUGAUUUUUUAAUUUAUGAAUAAAACUCUUUUUAUUAAAAUGAG